UAGCAGUCGAUUGAAUCACCAGAGCGGACAAGACCAAUAAUGACUGAAAUAUGCCCUAUUCCACCGGUAGAAUUAUUAUCAACGUUUUUACUUGUCUGCUGUUUUUCUACUGUGCAUUUUAUUUCACGGCGACCGUAGUGUUCGGCGCAUUCAGGCUUCAAAAAUUUGAUGGCACCAUUCCAUUUCAUUAUGAAAGUUUUGAUGACAAGUUUUAUCAGUUAGUACCAUUUAAUCAAUCUGCGUGGACCAGUCAGCCUUUUCUCAGCGACAUAAUAGCGCUGGAAUCUACAUACUUUAUCAGCACAUGGGUGUAUAUUGCAUACUUAGAUAGUUGGUUGUGGGACUACGCUUUGACCGUGACAGUCAUUCAUUGUGCCAUAGUUUGUGCUGUAAAUGUAACCUUUCCAUUGAUAUGGGAAUGGUGGGUGUGUGUUUGUAUUGGACUCAUAUUUAUGAUGGUGGUGGGAGAGUCUAUCAAAGCGUGUGUCAGACAACGGAAGAAGGGCAAGUUUGACCUAAAGAAGAAUGAAUCUAAGGCUUGAAGACUUAAAGGUUGUUAUAUACUCUUAAUUAUGUGAUUGGCAUAAUUAGACCAUGAUGCAUUGCAUGGACCAUGAUGCAUUGCAUUAUUUUGACAAACAGUGCUGCUGUGCAAUUGAAGUACUUCUUUAAUUAAGAUUUAUGUAAGCCAUCAAAAUAAUUUCUUGAUGGCUGUGAGAUUUUUAGUACUUAUAUACCAAAUUGACACGAUUUAUUUAAACUAGAAUUUUUAACUAGUAAUUUAUUUGCC